ACGCCCCUUCCGGGCGGCGCAGGGCACUCGGGCUCUCGCCCCCGUGUCGUGCCCGUGGCCCGCGGGCCGUGCUGCUCCGUCCACCAUGGUGGACUACUACGAGGUGCUGGGCGUGCCCCGCGAGGCCUCGUCCGAGGCCAUCAAGAAGGCGUACCGCAGGCUGGCGCUCAAGUGGCACCCCGACAAAAACCCCGAGAACAAGGAGGAGGCCGAGAGGCGAUUCAAGGAGGUGGCCCAGGCCUACGAGGUGCUGUCAGACGCCAAGAAGAGAGACGUCUAUGACCGCUACGGCGAGGCCGGGGUGGAGGACUGCGGCGGUGGCCAUGGUCGUGGUGGGGCCAGCGGGCCCUUCCACGACCCCUUCGAGUAUGUCUUCACCUUCCGCGACCCGGCCGAGGUCUUCAGGGAGUUCUUCGGCGGCCGGGACCCGUUUUCGUUCGACUUCUUCGGAGACCCACUGGGGAAUGUCGUGGGCGAUCUGAGGGGCUCCCGGGGAAGCAGAAGCAGGGGGGCCGCGCCCUUCUUCUCCGCCUUCAGUGAAUUCCCAGCAUUUGGGAGUGGUUUUUCUUCUUUUGAUACAGGAUUUGGUUCCUUUGGUUGCCUGGGGAAUGGAGACCUUUCUUCCUUCUCCAUGUCUUGUGGUAGUGGCGGGAUCGGCAACUUCAAGUCCAUGUCUACUUCCACCGAAAUCGUCAAUGGCAAAAAAAUCACCACCAAGAGAAUCGUUGAGAACGGCCAAGAAAGGGUGGAGGUGGAAGAAGACGGAGAGUUAAAGUCCCUCAUAAUAAAUGGCAAAGAGCAGUUGCUCCCCAUCGACACCAAGUAAUUCCAGUCCAAGUUCAAUUUCAAGCGCAUUGUGAGGAGUAGCAGGACUUUUUUUUUUUUUUUGAAGAUUGCAAGUGAACUCUACUUUCGGAACAACUGUACUCAAGAAUUUAUAAACAGUUCAUGCCAAA